UUGUUUUCUCUUUCAGUAUGUCAGGGAGAAAUCAACGAACUUACAGCGAGAGGCGACUCGAAAUUCCGUUACAAGAAUUUAAGAGACAGGUACACAAACUGUACUUAUAUCCAAGGAAGUUUAGAAAUCGUGUUUUUGGAAAAAGUUGAUUCUGUGACCAAAUAUGAUUUAAGUUUUUUGAGAAGUAUAAAGGAAGUGACUGGCUACGUGUUAAUUCUCAGUGUUUUUGCCGAUUACGUGCCGUUAGAAAAUUUACGGAUUAUUCGCGGGAGAACGUUAUAUCAUGAUAAAUAUAGUUUAUAUGUGGCGUUAAAUUCUCAUCCGACGGCAGAACCUGGAUUACGAGAAUUACGUUUCAAUUCUUUAUCAGGUAAGUUUUAG